AAGCCAAACGUUAAAAGCAACAAACUGUCAAAGCAACCGUCACUAUGCCACCAUAUUAUACAUUUGGUUAUUUUUUAUUAAAUUAUAAAUUCAAUUAAAAGACCUAAACAUGCUAAACAGGCAUAAAUAGAUUUAAGAAAUUUAAAUGAAACAAAAGUAAUCAUUCUCGGCUGCCCCAGUAUGUCCGCGUUGUCAAGUUUGUUCAGAUUAUUUACAGCGAAACAGAGUUUUAGAAAACCGCAAGUCGCGCUCAGCUGCCUCUGCAGCCCCCGGAGAGCCCACACUGACAAACAAGAUGUGAAUUCAAAGCAUGCUGUGGUCAGCUCUAAGGUGCAGGGCACCGAGAAUGAGGACCGCGUGAGAGUGCGUCGCGCGCGGCCAGCCGACGUGCCUCGAGUGCUGCGGUUCGUGCGCGAGCAUGCCAAAGCUGCGUGGCCUGGAGUCGUCGCACCCCCGUCUGCCUCACACCUCGUGCUGUGCGAUUACGUCGCUAGGGCAUUGGCACAAGGUCACUCCAUGCUAGCUGAGCAGCAGGAGACCCGGCGCGGCUGGUCGCAGAUCCGCGGCCUGGCGCUGGGCAUGUCGGUGUGCCCGUGGGACGCCAGCCUGCUGGAGCGGUGGGCGCGCUGCGUGCGAUGCUCGCGCUCGCGCCGCCUCAUGCACUUCACGGCGCACUGCCUGCGUGCGCCCGCCCUGCACGACAAGUACCACGUGCAUAACAUAUUGCAGGUCAUCCUCAUAGUUCCUCGCGAGUCUCCGAAAAACACGGAGAUAGUUCACGUCUUGGUUAAAAACGCUAUACAGAGGGGUCGCGAUGUCGGCUUCCCAGUCUUGCGGUUUGACGUAACUGAUGACGCUGUUGCAAAUGCCAUCGAGGAACUGAAACUGCAGAAAGAAUGGCAGCUGACUUAUGAUGUUAUAUCCGACGCACUGAGAGACAAAAGAACUCGUAUUACUGAAACAAUGCCCACACUCAAAGGACACAUCACUCCCAAAGCUAGUAACUUCAUCUCCGUGUACACCGCUCAUACAGACAAGAAUAUAGAAAAUGAUUUAAGCACUGAAACCAAGAAUAAGUAGAACGUAUAAUGGCGGCUUAAUGACGGCUGCAAAGUAAACACUUUUUGAUAUAA